UCCACCUUCCGGAGCCCCAGAGGAACUAAAACGGAACGGUCGAAGUGUGCAUUAUUUUAGUGAAGAAGAAAAAAAACCAAAGAGACAAGCUCCAAGUUUUCAGCUUUUGAGUUCACGCUAGGCUUAGAUAGCGCUUUUCUCGGAAGCUUCGAGAGCCGGUGUUUCCCCAAGCUCUCUGGAGUCGAAUUCGUCGUUUGGUUGCCGAGAAAAUGCUGGAAAAGGAGCGGAAAAUGGACUCUCCUUCCGAAAAGGUUUGAGGCCUAUGAAAUCCAGGCAUGUCCUUUUCAUGUAGCAAGCUUGCUGCAGAUGGCUCCGGCAGUCUUCGUUAUGCAGUCAUGUGGCAUGUGUUUUAGCAUGAAACGAAUGAGAAGUGCAAUCAUUUUCGAAGCUCAGAGAGGAUACUGGAGUGCUUUGGGCAGAAAUAUGAGGUUUAAUUAUUUUCUCUAUUCCAAAUAUUCGAAGAUAUGUUAUAGAUCGAAACAUAAGUUGGUGGAAAAGCUGGUGGAGGAAGUAGAUGGUUAUGGUUUGUCAAACUUGUGUAAUCGUCCAAAGGUGCUUGACAAGGUAUCAGUCAUGAUGGGUUAUGAUGGCCUCCCUGAUUUGAUUGAAAAUGGUACGGAUUGUUUUGAUGUUUCCUUAGUGCGUAAUAGGUUUCCAUCCAUCAUAGUGGGUAGUUCCCCUCCAGUGAGCCUCUAUGAUGGAACCUGGGAUCUCUGUGAUAGGAGGAGCCUUUUAGCAGUGAAAGGUUAUGAAGAUUUCCUUUCUAAUUCUACCAGCAAAGAGCAGAUGCUGAAUAGUCUCAAUGAAACAUGCGAUUCUCCGGAUUCAACUUUUUCAAGUGUAGAAACUUCCUCAUCAAGGGAAUGCUAUUCUUAUACGACACCCUUAGUUUCUGAACCCAUUACUUUGGUUCCUGAGGAAAAUUUAAAUCAACCAGUCACUUUGGAGGGAUCUUAUGCACUGGAAUCACAAGUGAAUGAGACACCCAUUGAAUUGUUUCUUGACAAAGCUAUUAGUUGCAUACAAGGACUUAGAAAGAAGCAUUGUCAUCAGCUGGAAGAUGCUGGUUUUCAUACGUUUCGGAAAGUGCUACACCAUUUUCCUCGGACGUACGCUGAUUUACGGAAUGCUCAGAUGGGAAUUGAAGAUGGACAAUACUUGAUUUUCAUCGGGAAAAUCGUAUCUUCAAGAGGAGUCAGAGCUAAUUCUUCGUUUUCAUUUCUUGAGGUUGUCGUGAGUUGCGACAUUGCAAAUUGUGACUCAAAUUCUGAGAAUAGAGUUGACAGUACAGAUAUUGAAGGAAACAAGACAAUUUAUUUGCAUUUGAAGAAAUUUUUCCGUGGUACUCGUUUUACUUUUAAGCCUUUUCUCGAAAGUCUUCAGAAAAAGCAUAAAGAGGGAGAUAUUGUAUGCGUUAGUGGUAAGGUGAAGACUAUGCAUAUGAAAAAUCAUUAUGAAAUAAGAGAAUAUAAUAUUGAUGUGCUUGAAGAUGGAAAGGAAUCAUCUUUUCAUGCGGAAGGGAGGCCAUAUCCUAUUUACCCUUCAAAAGGAGGCCUAAAGCCAACCUUUUUGAGAGACAUUAUUCCAAGUGCUUUGCAAGCUUUGCCCUUAAAUAUUGAUCCUAUUCCUGAAAAGGUCAUUCAAGAAUUUGGACUGGCAAAUCUUUAUGAUGCAUAUACUGGGAUUCACCAGCCGAAGAGUAUAAAUGAGGCUGAUUUGGCUCGUAAAAGGCUAAUAUUUGACGAGUUCUUCUACUUGCAGCUUGGACGCUUGUUCCAAAUGCUUGAAGGUCUUGGUACUCAAAUUGAAAAGGAUGGAUUGCUGGACAAGUAUAGAAAGCCGGAAAGCAAUGCUUCUUAUAUGCGAGAAUGGUCUAGUAUCACCAAGAAGAUUGUGAAGACUCUUCCAUAUUCCCUUACAUCUAGUCAGCUAAAAGCUGUUUCUGAGAUUAUUUGGGAUCUCAAACAACCGGUUCCCAUGAAUCGGCUCUUGCAGGGUGAUGUUGGAUGUGGGAAGACUAUAGUGGCUUUUUUGGCAUGCAUGGAAGUUAUUGGCUCUGGAUAUCAGGCAGCUUUCAUGGUUCCAACUGAGUUGCUUGCAAUCCAGCAUUAUGAUCACUUAAAUAAUUUGCUUGAAAGCAUGGAGGAAGUUGAGUGCAAACCUUCUAUUGCCUUACUAACAGGUUCAACCCCGUUAAAACAAUCACGAAUGAUACGUAAGGAUCUUCAAACUGGAGACAUAUCAAUGGUAAUUGGAACCCACAGUUUGAUAGCUGAAAGCGUGGAGUUCUCUGCACUGCGGAUUGCCGUAGUGGAUGAGCAACAUCGUUUUGGUGUGAUCCAGAGAGGAAGGUUCAACAGCAAGUUGUGCAAUACUUCCAUAAGUUCAAGACUUCCUUCAGAAAAUUUGGAUGAGUCCUCACAAACCGAUAAGUUUAUGGCUCCUCAUGUUCUUGCGAUGUCUGCCACUCCUAUCCCAAGAACUCUUGCUCUGGCUUUAUAUGGAGAUGUGUCCCUGACGCAAAUAACUGACUUACCUCCCGGAAGAAUACCAGUUGAAACACUCACCGUUGAAGGAAAUGAGACUGGGUUUGAGAAUGUUUACAAGAUAAUGCUAGAUGAAUUACAAGGAGGAGGAAAAGUGUAUCUUGUGUAUCCAGUCAUUGAACAAUCUGAACAGCUGCCUCAACUUCGUGCAGCUGCUGCAGACUUUGAAGCUAUAUCCUGCAGGUUUCAGGACUACAGCUGCGGGUUGCUGCAUGGAAAAAUGAAGAGUGAUGAGAAAGACGAGGCACUAAAACUCUUUAGAUGUGGAGAAACUCAUAUACUGCUUUCCACACAAGUAAUUGAGGUUGGUGUUGAUGUUCCGGAUGCAUCACUGAUGGUUGUUAUGAAUGCUGAGAGGUUUGGGAUAGCUCAGUUACACCAACUUAGAGGACGAGUUGGGCGUGGAACUAGGAAAUCCAAAUGUAUAUUUGUAGCAUCCACUGCUACAAGCCUUAACCGAUUGAAGGUGCUCGAAACAUCAUCAGAUGGUUUUUACUUGGCUAAUGUGGACCUUUCCUUACGGGGACCUGGUGACUUGCUUGGUAGGAAACAAUCCGGACAUCUUCCAGAGUUUCCUAUUGCCAGAUUGGAAGUAGAUGGGAAUCUUUUACAACAAGCACACCUUGCUGCACUGAAAAUUUUAAGUGCUUCUCACGACUUGGAGAAAUUCCCGCUGCUCAAAGCGGAGCUUAGCAUGAGACAUCCACUUUCUUUUCUAGGUGAUUGAACUCAUGGUAAAAGAAAGCCUAGGUAAAACAAUGCAACAUUUAGGAAGACCAGGAAGCAUAAAGUUCUUUCACAUUUUUGUGGUUCUGAUUCAGGACCAAGGGAUCAACCUGUGGUCAUAAUGUCGUCUGUAUCCAUUGUAAGUCGCGUUUUUUAUUGUAUUGUAUUCAAGUAAUGGCCGUCACUUAGGAGGACAGAAUUUUGUUCUAUGUGCAUAAAUACGGCAUUCAUAAAUGGGCUUUUUUUCCCCUGCUCUACCAGUGAAGCAAACUUGCCUGAAUAAGCAAGUUAUUAUAAGCGUGGCCUCUGGAAAAUCCAAACUCGUUUAUCCUGACUCAACACCUUGUCGUUGAAGCCACGACUUGUUUGUAGAUUGAUUCUCGACUAAUAUAAGGUU